CUGACUCAGUGUUCCCUUUGCUUCCCACAUGUCCCAUCUGCUGUCCCUGUCCAGGAGAGCUGCUCUGCACGGGAGGAGGAGACCGAGGGAGAGCCUGGGAACAUGGGGGGCUGCAAUCCCUGCUGAUCUGGUUCUGUUUAUGGAUGGGUAGAGUUAGACUUGGAUAGUUACAAGUGUAGGGAUAUUUACAUACAUUGAAUGAUAUUUGUAUAGAUAUUAUGAACGUGUAUCUAGUUGCAUUUAUGGAUGUAUGUUAUGUAUGUAUAUAUAUGUGUUUGUGUGUGUGUAAACAUAUAUAAAAACAUAGAUAUGUAUGCAGUUAUAUAUAUGUGUACCUAUGUUCACUUUACGUCCCUGCUUUGUUAUAUUCACAUAUGUGUACAGUUGUACAGCUCUAUAGUUCCACUGUUACAGUUAGAUGGAUUUUUCUAUUGGUACACUGAUAUUUGUAUUUAUAGAUAGGAUUCUUAAGAAUAUGUUUACAUAUGUCUUACUAUAUGUCAUAUGUAACACUUAAUAUAUAUUUACACUGCACAUUGUUGUGGUGUAUUUAAUUCUAUUGAAACGCGUAUGGAUUUGUACAGUUCUGAAAUUGUGUUCAUUUAGUUCUAGGCCUAGGGUUAUUUAGAGAGGAAUAUUGAUAUUCCUGUGUUUGUGUAUGGGCUGUUCAGUUGUAGUAAUUUGUAAUCAAUUUAGUUGUUAAGCUUUGAUUGAUAUUUGUUUCUAAUUAGUGUUUGUAGAGUGUUUCAGUACAUUAGGUUUUUUUAACUGUAUUUGAUAUUUGUAAAUAUUUACAUUGCAUGAUAGUAGGAAAAAAUUUGUUUUGCAACCUUAAAUUGAUAUUUGUAUGUUGACAUCGCCAGUGUAGCAAUUUAUAAAAAUUUCAUUUUUUUAACCUAAGUUGAUUUUUGUGUAUUUAUUUAGUGUUGCAGCGCUGCAGGGUGGUAGAAAUGCUGCAAUCUUCUUGGAGGCGUCUCCUUCAUAAGCCGCUCAGCGGAAGGCCACGAGAACAGCCAUUUCCAGUCCAUGCACAUGCACACGCCACAGACAGCUCAGCACAGGAAGGCAGGAAGGGUCUUUGCAUGGCAUAUUCCAGCAAGGGUUUUACUGUAUCCAGCACGCCAGAGGGACCAGAGACAAAAGACCAAACCAUGUGGUCUGCAGGACUUCAGUGUGGGGCCAUGUCUCCAACACUGGCCUUCAUCCUGGCCCUGUUAUUCACCCCCAGUGGGUUGAAAGCAGACAUGAAAAUUGAUAAAGAUGCGGUCAGGCGGAUCCGGGAGCGCGAGGAAUUUCUGCAUCGGGAGAUGACUCGGCUCCUGCGGGAGGUGGAUGACAACAAUUCCAUCAUGGAAAGCCUGCUCCUUUCUGUACGACAGCUGCUGUGGCUGCCUUGGCUGACCAUAGCUGGGCAGAAAGGGAAUCCAGCAAUUGAAAGGAAUGAAGCUGAAAGGAUGCAAGAGCGCAAGGAGUAUCUGCAGCAGGAAAUGACUCGGCUCCUGCAGGAGAUUGAUGGCAACAAUUCCAUCAUGGAAAGCUUUUUCCUUUGUCUAUGGCAGCUGCUGUGGCUGCCUCUGCUCCCUCUGGCCUUCUGGCUGGUCACGAGAUGGAAGUGUGGCUCUGCCAGACACAGCACGCAGGAGGAAUCCAUCAGCAAGAUGAAUAUUGUCAGGGUGAAGUUCAGCAGCAAGGAGAAGGUGAGUGAGCAUGAGAAGGACAAGGGUGCAGACAGGGGUGGCAGCAUUUUGGCUGUGCCCAGCCCAUUCACCAAUGGGCAGAUCCAGGACAAGGCGGGAGGGGGCUGUGAGCAAACUGAUCUCAUUGGGAAUGUUCCUCCUCAUUUCUGUGGGAUCAAAUUGGACAGUCCCUAAAGGUCACUACCAAGCCCAGCUGUUCUGUGAUUCUGUGAUUCUGCAGCAGGGCCUGCCCAGCACGAAGGUG